AUUGAAUGAGCCCUAAAUAAAUACACCCAAACGCACCCCCCCUUCUUCCCUCUCUUUGUCAUUUCUACCUUCGUUCCUUCCUUUCUUUCUUUCUUUCCCCCCACUUUCGCUACUUGACUCUUUUCCAAACUCGUCUCUCAUUUUCCGAUCAUCAUGAAGCUCUCUCUCGCUCUUCUCGCCACUGCUGCUCUGACAGCCACGGGGGCCCUGGCUCUUCCUCACGGCGAUAUGGGGAUGGCCAGCUCGCCGAUGAGUAUGAGCUCAAUGGAGGACAGUCCCGACAGCGCCACUCAACCUACCCCCAAGGAGUCGUCCUCCACAACUUCGCCUUCUUCCAAGCCCAGCAGCAGCAGCAGUAGCACUAGCAGCAAGUCUAGCAGCACUCCCCAACCGAGUAAGAAGGCUGCCAAGCAGGAUUCAGAAAGCGAUCAAGACUUUCUCAGCGGCAUACUAGGCUCCCUUGGUCUCGGUGACCUUGGUAGUCUUGGUCUUUAAAUUUCUGUCUUGGGAUAUCUCGCUCUCCUGCCCGACCCUUACAGUCUGUCUGUUGCGACUGGGGUUUGUCUACAUCGGACCGUCCAUGUCUGGGCUACCUUCGAGGGCCGUGGUGCUAACGGCCAUUCGCCCGCCUGUCUAGCUGCGUUAGAUUAGAACUAGUCUCUUUCGCAUUGAUGGUGGUGGGCGGCCGAGGCUUAUCGAUCUGGCCAAGAUGAAUGGAAAAGCAAUGGACAAGAGGAGAAGGGAGAGCAAGUGUGCGGAGGAGAGAGAGGGGGACAGCAUUUGACUUUGUGGGGGUUUUCUUCAGUAUCUAUCGCUCAGACUAUUAUUAUUAUGAUUAGUAUUAUUAGAUCCGAAUUUAUGAAUCUGUCAAGUGUGACUGCGUUGUUGGUUUACAAAAGGUUGGCAGGUUGCGUAACCGAUACGAAAGUG